AUGGCCGCUACAAGUCAGUCGACAUCUGCUCCAUUGGGUGUUCAACUGGGCUUCGAUGGACUGCUGCCCAGGUAUACUCCUUUGCUGGAUGUUCUUGUAUUUGGGUGCUGCCAAAUGAACAUGCACUACAAAGUUCCUUGGCCACCACCUGAUCGGACAUGGUAUGCUUACUGUCAAGUUCAGCAUUGGGGCCUGGUACAGAAAAUUGGGAUUCAUUUAUGGGAUAGUGGCAUUGCUCUGUCAUAUUUUGCUGUCGAUGCUCGUGAGACUCACAAUGUGUUUGAGAGCAAGGGAGAUGUGCAGCAGAAUCCUCCAGGGCCACCACCUAUAUGCAGCUGUCUUGCAGCUCACAGGCUUGAUAUAUUGCCACUUCCAUGGCCACCAGAUCCAUGUGAGAUGAUAGUUGACAGUGGUAUAGCAGCAUAUUCUAUCCUUGCACUGACAGAUUGCCAUUGCACGAGUGAAGCUGGAGGAGGGGUCAGUCGGAGCUUUUUGAUUCAUACAACACUGCCACCCUUGGUUCAGUCAACAUUUUUUUCGGGGAUUUUCCAACCCUUCAGGAACUCUCAACUUUCAGUAUGGGUCACUCCCAUGGCGUCAAUGGGCCAGCAGGUGUUUGAUCGUGGCAAAUACAUGGAGGCCAUUUUCAUGCAGUUACUGUUGCAGGCUAGAGCAAAUCCUAAUACUCCUGCUGAGCUGAGAAGGUUGCCAAUGGGGCUUGUUGUGCUGUGCAAGUGCAAGGAUGAAGUGGGGCUGCGGCUGCCCAAGCUAUUCGAUAAAAUGCAGCCUGAUGUGCUUGCGCUGUUGACAAUCUCUUGGCCUCCACCUACUUGGUCAGGGAGCUCAGUUCUGGGAACUAUCAAGCCAUUUCUGAAUCUACAUGAGUUUUGGCAGCAAAGACAUGUUCACUUGCAGUUUACAGGAUUGCCCUCUCUGUGUAUUUCGGAGCUAAAACCGAGGCCACCACCUACAGGCAUGAGAAAUGAGUUGCUCCAAGUUGACAGAACUUCAGUUUACAGAAGCUAUGGCAUGUUGGCUCAAAAUACAAUCAAUCAGGCAGCAAUGUUUCUAACGGGAGAUGUUGGAAAGUUGCUGGCUCAUGGCAAUGCAAAACUAGUAAUCAAGAGCAAGUGCUUGCUGAAAUUUCCGAUUGCCGAGGUGAUCAACAGGCGGUUAAUGAGUUUCAUUUGCUGGGAUCAGAGUACUGCAGUACUAUUCUGGAACAUCUGA